AAGGUUGGUGGUGUUUGAUUUUUACUGAGAAACAAAGAACAAAACGAAAAAGGAAAAAAAAGAGAGAGAGGAUGAUGUUAAGGAUCAAGAGGGUUCCUACUGUAGUUUCGAAUUACCAGAAAGAUGAGGCGGAAGAGGGUGCUCGCCGUUGGGGGUUGUGGCCGCAACUGUCUUAAUCAAUGUUGCAUUCCAGGGGCAAAGCUUCCGUUGUAUGCUUUCAAGAAGCUGAACAAGAUUGAUGGUGACAAGGAGUUGCCCGGAUGUGAGAAAAGAGAGCCUCCCGUUGACUUUCUUGACUCACUGCUUCUUGGGGAGUGGGAAGAUCGCAUGCAGAGAGGGCUGUUUCGUUAUGACGUCACUGCCUGUGAAACAAAGGUGAUCCCGGGGCAGUUUGGUUUCAUAGCCCAGCUGAAUGAGGGUCGCCACUUGAAGAAGAGACCAACUGAGUUCCGAGUUGAUAAGGUCCUCCAGCCCUUUGAUGGCAACAAGUUUAACUUCACCAAAGUUGGGCAAGAGGAGGUCCUCUUCCAGUUCGAAGCAAGCGAAGAUGGUGAAGUUCAGUUUAUCCCUAGUGCGCCCAUUGAGCCUGAAAAUUCGCCCAGUGUUGUUGCCAUCAAUGUCAGUCCAAUUGAAUAUGGACAUGUGCUGUUGAUUCCUCGUAUUCUGGAGCACUUGCCACAAAGGAUUGACCGUGAAAGCUUCUUGCUUGCACUUCACAUGGCCGCAGAAGCAGGGAAUCCCUACUUUCGAUUGGGUUACAACAGCUUGGGUGCAUUUGCUACCAUCAAUCACCUUCACUUCCAGGCUUACUACUUGGCUGUAACCUUUCCCAUUGAGAAGGCUCCUAGCAAGAAAAUCACUGUUUCAGGUGCUGGGGUGAAGGUCUCUGAGCUUCUGAACUAUCCCGUCAGAGGUCUUGUCUUCGAGGGUGGAAAUACUCUGCAAGAUUUGUCAAACACUGUCUCUGAUGCAUGCAUAUGCCUUCAAGAGAACAAUAUACCUUACAAUGUCCUUAUCUCCGACUGUGGAAAGCGGAUCUUU